GGAGGAUUUUUGUCAACUCGCCAUUGAACGAAAAUGACCACAUCACAGACUACAUCUUCUUCGUUCAACGUUAACAAGGCGCUCGAGAGAGCCAUGGGGGGUGGGUUGUCGGGGGCUGCUGCCAUGGUUGUUCAAGUCUGCACUCUCAUGCCCCUCCGCACGACAAUGAACUACCAGUAUAGAUAUGGAACAACGACGACACAAGCCCUGCAAACCCUCUACAAGGACGGUAAAAUCCUCCGCUUUUACAGAGGCAUUGGACCCGCCCUCAUUCAAGGCCCCCUCUCCCGCUUUGGUGACACGGCUGCAAACGCAUUUGCAAUGUCCCUCUUGGAGAGCUCUGACCUCACCAAGGAUUGGCCCGUCGCCGUCAAAACCAUUGGCGCUUCUGCCGCUGCUGCCUCUUUUCGCAUGUUCUUGACGCCCGUCGACACAUUAAAAACAACCCUCCAAACACAAGGAAACGACGGCGUUCGCAUCCUCCGUGCUCGUAUCGCUGCAAACGGUAUCCCCACUCUGUGGUACGGCGCCGUCGCUUCUGCCGCGGCCACGUUUGUUGGCCACUACCCCUGGUUCGCAACCUACAAUUACCUCUCUGAAGUCCUCCCCCAACAAUCCACAACACCCAGAAAACUCGCCCGUCAAGCUGUGAUUGGGUUCUCGGCCUCUGUUGUCUCGGACACCAUUUCAAAUUCCUUGCGUGUGAUUAAAACGUACCGACAAGUGAAUGAGACGCGUGUGAGUUAUGUUGGGGCGGCCAGGGCCGUUAUUGAAAAGGAUGGUGUGGGAGGUUUGUUUGGACGAGGACUCAAGACACGGAUUUUGACGAACGGGCUGCAGGGGAUCAUGUUUUCGGUGCUUUGGAAGUUGUUUCAAGACUUGUAUGAUCGCAAGUAGAAGUCGUAGUGAAUUAUAGUAUGGGCUCGUGAUAGGGACAUUCGAUAAUGGGUAAAUAUUAUUAGGAGAUUCGUAAACGGUUUGGCGAGAGUGAAAGGCCUCGCAAACGUUUGACGGAUCCUUGCCGAAAGGAAGAUUGGAAUCGUAAGGGUAGGUGUUGGUAUCUAUGUAGCUAGAUAAGAUGAACCAAAAAAAAAAUAUAGAUUUUUAUUGUUAUUUUUUUAAUCAAGCGAAGAUGAGCGUUUUUAAAGUGUGCAA